AUGGGAAAAAUGAGGAUUCAGUGCCUGUUCUUGGCCUUGGCAAUUGUUGUUACAUUCUUGCUGCUGCACAGUCACCAAGCUGCUGCUGCUGCAGCGGAGUUAUCGGACGACGAGGAACUGGCGAAGGAGGUGGUUUGCAACGGAGAUUUGAAGAAACUGUUGUCCAGUUGCAAGAAGUGCAUAAAGAAGGGCACAGACCAGGUCGAUCCCAAGCCCGCGUGCUGUCGCACCGUUAAGAAGAUAGAUUUGCUGUGUAUUUGCCAAAGUAUCCCCCCGCGCUUCGAGAAGAAGAUCGAUAUGGAGAAAGUCGUGUACAUCGCGGAGAAGUGCGAAAAGCCGAUUCCAAGCGGAACUAAAUGCGGAAGUUAUACGGUUCCGAUGAUUUGA